AGGCCACGAUGAGCGAUAUGACAGAAGAAAAGAGAAGAUGUGACACGGAUAGGGGUGGCAGACUCAUAAGAUUUAUCAUCUCCAAUUACAUACGGGAAGAUGCCCUCGAUCCGAAACUUCCCUUUAAUAAGAGCGGCAGCGGUAUUCCUUGAUAUCCACAUCUCCGCUGCUAGCACAACUCUUCGUCAGGUACCGUCCAUGGGAUGCCGUGGGGAUGUUUCAAUCCUUUUAUCUAAGUGUUUAGUACAAAGAAGAUCUCCAGCCAGUCAGAGGCCCCGAAUUGCGACUUACACCAGCUUGAGAUCCCCUUGGUGGGCGCAGAAUCUUUCUGGGCGCCGUUAGCGGCCGCUGACGCCAUUUCAUGUGCCCGGAAAAGCCUUUAUCAGGCUUAUCGCAGCGCCAGUCGCCAC